AUGCCUCCCAAGGCCGUCAACAAGAAGGCCGCUGCGCCCAAGGGCGCCGCCGCGCCAAAGAAGCCCGCGACUUCUGCUGCUGCGACAAAAAAGGCAGCUGAGACCACCAAGAAGCCUGUCGCGAAACCUGCUGCGAAGAAGGAAGCUACCACCAAUGGCGCGACUGCUGCCUCCAAGAAGCGCAAGCUCGCCGAGGACGAAUCGGAAGUCGAGGAGUCCGAGGCCGAGGAGCCUAAGAAGCCUGCUCCUAAGAAGAACACCAAGAAGGCCACAGAGCCUGCUGUGAAGAAGACCAAGACCGCCACUGCCGCCCCCAAGAAGAAGGCCGCUCCUGCCGAGGAGACCGAAGAUGAGUCCAAGGCCACGAAGCCCGCAAAGAAGCCCGCGGCGAAGAAGGCCGAACCCAAGAAGACGGCCGCCGCAAAGAAGGCUGACACCAAGGCCGCCGCUGAUAACAAGAAGCGCAAGUCGAGUGACGAAGAGACAGAGGACGAGAAGCCCAAGGCGAAGAAGUCCAAGGCCGACACUGCUGAGGUCGACAGCCAGGCUACAGAGUCUGCCAAGGCGACAGAAUCUGCAGAUGAGGAACCCGAGGCUGUGAAGCCUGCGAAGGCCACCAAGAAGAUCGCUGUGGCUGCUCCCAAGCCUCCCCCGGCUCACCCCCACAAGAUCGGCAAGAAGAUCAACUCUGCCCCGACCCAGGUCAUCGAUGUAUAUGUAUUCGGUGAGGGAUCCUCUGGCGAGCUCGGUCUCGGCAGCAAGAAGCUCGAUGGCAAGAAGAUUGUCGACGUCAAGCGCCCGAGGUUGAACCCUAAGCUUGAUGCCAAGGACGUCGGUGUUGUACAGAUCGCCUGCGGUGGCAUGCACGUCGCGGCUUUGACCAAGGACAACAAGAUCCUCACAUGGGGCGUUAACGACCAGGGCGCUCUGGGUCGCGACACCAACUGGGAUGGCGGACUCCGCGACGCCGAUGCUGAAGAGGAGCAAGAAGACGAGGAUGACUCCGGUAUCAACCCCCACGAGAGCACGCCGACAGCCAUCGAUGCGAAGCACUUCGCUCCCGAUGCCAAGUUCACUCAGGUCGUCGCCAGCGACAGUGCUACCUUCUCCCUGACGGAGGAUGGCAGAGUUUAUGGAUGGGGUACUUUCAGAUCAAGCGACGGUAUCCUCGGUUUCACCGACAAGAUCCAGAUCCAGGCCACUCCCGCCUACCUCCCCACAUUGAAAAACAUCACGGCCCUCGCUGCCGGUUCCAACCACAUCCUGGCUCUCGAUGACAAGGGCGUCGUGGUUGCUUGGGGUUGUGGCCAGCAAAACCAGCUUGGACGCCGUAUUAUUGAGCGCAACAAGCUUUCGUCGCUCAUCCCCCAGAGCAUGGGUCUUCCCAAGAACAAGGUCGACCGCAUUGCUUGCGGAUCGUACCACAGCUUUGCCCUUGGCAAGGAUGGUGCCGUCUGGGCUUGGGGUCUGAACAACUUUGCCGAGACUGGCAUCGAGAUGGGUGCUGGCGAGGAUGACGCCGUUGUUCUGCGUCCUACCAUUGUUGAGUCGCUCAAGAACUACAAGAUCAAGCAGAUUGCUGGUGGCGAGCACCACUCCCUUGCUUGCACCGAGGACGGCAAGCUCUUGACAUGGGGUCGUCUGGACGGCCACCAGGUCGGUAUUCCUGUCGAGGAGCUUGAUGCGGAGAGCGUCAUUAAGGAUGAGAGCAACAACCCCCGCAUCCUCUCCAAGCCUACUGCUGUUGAGGACAUCGCCAAGUGUGUCUACGUUGCCGCUGGUGUCGACAACAACUUUGCCAUUGACGGAAAGGGCGAGGCUCACUCCUGGGGCUUCUCUGCCAACUACCAGACCGGCCAGGGCACGACUGAAGAUAUCGAGACCCCGACUACUAUUGAUAACACUGCUGUCCGUGGCAAGAAGCUCGUCUUCGCUGGUGCCGGUGGCCAGUACUCUAUCUUGGGCGGUGUUGCCGAUGUCCCCAAGGUUAACGGCUUUGCUCCCCAACCGGCUACCGGUGGCUUCAGGCCUGUUUUCUAA